CGGCCAUCAGCAUGGAUGAUGCGCCAGGCGGGAAGGUACAUGGCUGUUUACAGAAAGCUUGCUGAGAAAUAUCCAUCCUUUCGAGAGAGGUCGAAGACAACUGAUCUCAUAGUGGAAAUUUCUUUGCAGCCUUGGAAUGCCUUUAGGCCUGAUGGAGUGAUCAUUUUCUCUGACAUCCGUACGCCUCUUCCUGCAUUUGGGGUCGAAUUCGACAUUGAAGACGUAAGGGGUCCUGUUAUUCAGUCCCCAAUACGUUCUAAGGAGGGACUAAAGGCUCUGCAUCCAAUUGACCUGGAAAAGCUCAGUUUUAUUGGAGAUUCACUCAAGAUACUGCGCAAGGAGGUUGGUGGUGAUGCUUCCGUUUUAGGUUUCAUGGGAGCACCUUGGACAAUAACAUAUAUAGUGGAAGGGGGUACAACACGCACCUAUACAACCAUUAAGAGUAUGUGCCAUACAGCACCACAUUUAUUGCGGACUCUGCUCUCUCAUUUGGCGCAAGCAAUAGCAGAUUAUGUUGUUUUCCAUGUGGAGUCUGGGGCUCACUGCAUACAAAUAUUUGAUUCAUGGGGUGGACAACUACCACCUAAUAUGUGGGAACGCUGGUCAAAUGCUUAUAUCAAAGAGAUUGUAGAUUUGGUCAAGAAAAGAUGCCCUGAGACACCGAUUUUUCUUUAUAUAAAUGGAAAUGGUGGCCUUCUUGAGCGUAUGAAAGAUACUGGAGUUGAUGUUAUUGGGCUGGACUGGACUGUGGAUAUGGCAGAUCGAAUAUCAGAUUUAAGAUUUUUUCUAGUUCUUUAUGUGGAGCAGUUGCCAUUGAAGCCAAGAGAGUCCACUCAAGCUGAGUUACCACACCAACUUUGUUGA